GUUUCCUCUUCGCUAGCAUUUUGCCUGAUUUCUAAUUAGCCUCCAUCAUGAGUGUUAAUGCUACUAGCGCUAUUGGAGAUGAGCUCUCUGUUAUCAAUGCAAAGUUUUUGUGGACUUCAGCCACCGACUACUUCGCUCAAGUUUCCACUUUGCAGUGGAUCGUUACAACCCUUGUUUUGCUUUUGACUUUCGAGCAGGUUAACUAUCUUAUGAAAAAGGAAAUAUGGCCCAUUAUUGGUCCGUUCUUAGAGUCAUUAGACCCUAAAUUUGAUGAAUACAAGGCAAAAUGGGACUCUGGUGAUUUGUCUUGUGUAGCUGUUUUCCAUAAAUUUGUGGUUAUUGCUUCUACCAGGGAAUUAUCAAGAAAGAUCUUGAGCUCUCCAAAGUACCUCAAACCGUGUUUGGUGGAUGUGGCUAUUAAGAUUUUAAGACCUUCCAACUGGGUCUUCUUGGAUGGACAAGCUCAUGUUGAUUACAGAAAAUCCUUGAAUGGGUUGUUUACUACCAAGGCAUUGGAGGACUAUAUUCCAAUCCAAGAAAAGUAUAUGGAACGUUACUUGAGUCAAUACGUAGAAUACGAAGGUGCAAGACAAUUUUUCCCUGAAUUCAGAGAAUUAUUGUGUGCUUUGUCGUUGAGAACGUUCUGUGGUGAUUACAUUAAUGAUGAACAAAUUAAAAUGAUCGCUGACAACUAUUUCAAAAUCACUUCUGCUUUGGAGUUGGUCAACUUCCCUAUCAUCAUUCCCUACACUAAAACUUGGUACGGUAAAAAGAUUGCCGACGACACCAUGAAGAUUUUUGAAAAGUGUGCUGAUAAAGCCAAAAUUGAUAUUAUUGAAAACAAUCGUAAACCUCUGUCCUUAAUGGAAAAGUGGAUUUUUUCAAUGAAAGAAGCUAAGAGUGGUGACCAGUCUAAUGAAGAGACUAAAUUGUUGAGUAGAGACUUCACUUCGAGAGAAAUCUCUGAAGCUAUUUUCACGUUUUUGUUUGCUUCCCAAGAUGCCUCGUCUUCUUUGGCUUGUUGGUUAUUCCAAAUUGUUGCUGAUAGACCAGAUGUUGCUCAAAAGAUUAGAGAAGAGCAAUUAAAGGUCAGAAACAACGAUUUGAGCGCUAGAUUGGACUUGGAUCUCAUUGGACAAAUGAACUACACUAGUAACGUUGUUAAGGAAUGUCUUAGAUACAGACCACCCGUUCUCAUGGUUCCAUACUUAGCUAAAGAAAACUUCCCAAUCACAAAAGACUACACUGUUCCAAAGGGCUCGAUGAUUAUUCCAUCGUUUUACCCAGCCUUACACGAUCCAGAAGUCUACCCUGAUCCAGAUGAAUUCAUCCCUGAUAGAUGGUACAAUGCUACUGAUGAGAUGACUAAACGUAACUGGUUGGUGUUUGGAUACGGUUCUCAUGCAUGCAUUGGUAAGAACUAUGUAUUGACAUUAUUCACUGGUAUGUUGGGUAAGUUUUUGUUGUAUGCUGAUUUGAUUCACCACAAGACUGAAUUGUCAGAGGAGAUAAAAGUUUUCGCAACCAUUUUUCCAAAGGAUGAUUUAAUCUUGGAAUGGAAAAAGAGAGACCCAUUGCAAGUCUAAUUAAGACCAGGUCGAAUAAGUUUGUUACUGUUAUAGAUAUUUAUUUUUCGUCAUCAAUGAAAUUGUUUUCCCCAUAUUGACAAGUUAUUUUGGUUUGUUUAUUAGUUUGUGAUUUACCUAAAAAGAGAGAUUCUUGCACUUGGCUACACGUUUAAGCGUCGUAAGUAGAAGCAGAGAUGUUACCACCUCUACCAGUCCAGUUAACGUGGAUCCAUUCGUCCUUCUUCAAGAAGUCGUUUUCCUUACCUGGCAAAACCUUGAAGGUGUGAGCACCGAAGUAAUCUCUUUGAGCUUGCAACAAGUUAGCUGGUAAAGUUUCAGAUCUGUAACCAUCGUAGAAAGACAAAGCAGUGGUGAAAGCUGGAACUGGAACACCAGAAGUAACAGCCUUACCAAUGGUUGCUCUCCAUCCAGAUUGGGCCUUGGUGAUAGCCUUGUUAAAGAAUGGAUGGAACAACAAGUUUUCUAAGUCUGGGUUUUCUCUGAAAGCAGAAGUGAUUUCACCUAAGAAAACAGAUCUGAUAAUACAUCCACCUCUCCACAUCAAAGCGAUGGCUGGGUUGUUCAAUUUCCAGCCGUAUUCUCUAGCUGCUUCUCUGAUCAACAUGAAACCUUGGGCGUAAGAGAUAAUCUUGGAAGCGUACAAAGCUUGUUCCAAGUCAUCAACAAACUGUUGCUUGUCGGUGAUAGUGAUUGGAGAUGGACCGGUUAACUUCUUGGAAGCAGUGAUUCUUU